UCGCAGCAGCUGCCUGGCCCCCCGCAGAAAGAAAGAAACAAACAAGCACAUCAUCCCUCCUAGCAAAAUAAAAAGCCCACUACAGUCUCAGUCAGUCAGUCAGUCAAACUUGAAUCAGCAGUACCCAUGCCAACAGACGGCGUCCACGUCUCCCCGUCCGGCCAGAAAGCCUUCAUCCCCCUCGAGAACAACCCCUCAGUCUUCACCUCCCUCAUCCACGACCUCGGCAUCUCCGCCGAACUCUGCUUCCACGAUGUCUACAGCCUCGACGACCCCGAUCUCCUUUCACUCGUUCCCCGCCCCGCGCUCGCGCUAAUCUUCAUCACGCCCGCGCCCCCGUAUCACACUGUGCGUGCUAUAGACGGCACGCCCAGCGUCGAGGACGGCUUGGACAGCUUAACCUAUGACAAGUGCGGGGACGAGGAGCCCGUGAUGUGGUUCCGCCAGACAAUUAACAACGCGUGCGGGCUGAUGGCAUUGCUCCAUGCAGUAGCGAACGGGGAGGCGAGGGAGUUUGUGCGGGAGGGGUCAACGCUGGGGCGGUUGCUCCAGCAAGCCGCGCCAUUGAAGCCCCGGCCGAGGGCAGACAUGCUGCAUGCGAGCGAGGAACUGGAGAGGGCCCAUAUGCGGGCUGCGAGACUGGGGGAUACGACAGCACCUAGAGCAGAGGACCCUUGCGAACACCAUUUUCUAGCCUUUGUGAAGGGACGGGAUGGCCACCUGUGGGAAUUAGAGGGCAGCUCGGACGGGCCUAUCGAUCGCGGGGAGAUGCGGGAGAGGGAGGAUAUGCUGAGCGAGGCGUCGUUGGAGAGAGGAGUGAGGAGAUUCAUGAGGGCUGCGGAUGGGAACUUGGGGUUUAGCGUGGUUGCAUUGGCGAGGAGACCAGGAGGGGACGUCUCUCCGCUCCCAUGAUUUCGUCGAGUGCCUACUCACUCUUUCCCGCUGGACUGAGCCCUUUGCGUGCAAGUGUGAAAACCUCCGGUUUAGAAGUGAUGCUGAGCGAUGAGCCCUAUAACGACCAUCUAAACGCUCCAAAGCCCCUUGAAGCCCGAGCGGUAAACGCUACGAGGAGAGUAAAA